AAAGAUCCUUGUCGUUUUAGUUGUUCGGGAUGUAGUUCUAGCGCAGCAGAAAUCGAGCCCGCAAGAACUGUCUGAAUUUGAGUAUUAAAAAAUAUGAGUAUUUGUGGUACGACAAACAGGAAACUUUUUUUUCCUUCUCUGCCCUCACGGACUAUAGACGAGAACAAGGAAAUACAACGCAAAAAUCAACCAGCUCGAAGAGGAUUUUUCUACCACGACAUCGCCGGUCGUGUACUAAGUAGUUGUACAGCGAAUCAGCGACAAAUCGUAGCGAAAAAACAAAUUACAGCAAGCACUUCGCCUGCGAAACCAAGAACAAAUCCAAAAUCAUGCCGAUCCACAAGUCUACUACUUCCAUUGCGCGCGUCGCAACGACUGCCGCCCUUGCGGUGGUCCCCCUCGGGGGGGGGGGGGUGUUUUCGGAGCAAAAAUUGGUCCCGCGGCUGCUACGCAUGAGUGGGCCGGAAGCGAGACUUCCCCGGCCGGAUUCACGGAAGUGGACCGCGUCUUAUGGACUGCGAAUUUUUAGGGCUGCUACCAAUCUUGCUCUGCAACUACUGGAAGAUUAUCUUUGGUACUAGAAGUGUAUAUGCUUAGGUCGCAAGAACUACCCAGGAGUGAGCUCUCAGCUCUGUGAUGCAUGUUCUUCCCCAAGAAUGAUUGCACGGUCGUGCGCCGAGCUGCGUGCCACUCUGACACCACGACAAACCGCUCAACGUCAAUCUGUCAUGCUUGGAAAUCUGUAUAUUCGAGUUUCGUCACGAUCAUCUUCAUCCACGAAUCAAUUAGCAUCGCAUAAAUUUUAAGAAUUUCAAAGCAGACCUGGGCAGCAGCUUUAUUGCAGUGCAUACGUGCGUCGCGCUGCGAACAUGAAGGCGACGGCCGCGUCGAGGGCUUCGCGUGUGGGCAAGAAGAAGUCCUCGAAGGCGCGUGCGGAGAAAGCCAAGGCUUCGGUUGUCUCCGGGACCAGUACUUCCAUCACGGCGAAGAAGAAAGCUGCGCAGGCACCUCAAUCGGCGUUUGGAGGUCCGGCAGCCGAGCCUCAAAAUGCUGCCGAAGCUGCCAAGGGUGCGGCGGGAGUCCGUAAGGCGGCGGCUAAGGCGGCGCCCGCAGUAGGGGCCGCAGUAGGGGCCGCUGCUAUCGCUGCCGUUCCCGAGGCCGCGCCAGCGGUCCUCGAAGCUGCCGCUCCCGCCACAGCCGCAAGUCGCGAAGCAGCAGCUCUCGGAGCUUCCGCAGGUGAUGCGUUUAACGAAGUCAAAUGGUCGGCGCCCUUGGCCACAAUUUAUUGGGUAAUGGGCCAUUUUUUUUUUGAUUUUGGUGACUGGGCCGUUCCUGCUCUAAGCGCUGAGUGGAACUCUGCGCAGAAACUUCCUCUCUAUAGAUGAGAACCCUUUAGAUGAGAACGAUUGAUUGAUUCAGUUUUGCAUCGCUAGC